GCGGAGCAGCAGCUGCAGGACAAGGAGGAGCGACGGAGCCGGAGAGCGCCGCUGCCAACGCUAACCAACGAGGCCCGCCGUCUUUGCAGCAGCCUCCGCCGCCUGUCAGGAUGUUUGAAUACCGCUUGACGGUAGAGGACUAAGCAGCGGCGCUAGAGGACUUAAGGAGCCCCGUCACCCGCCGCCGCCGCCUCUUGCAGCUCACAGCCGCCAGCCCUUCGCCCGGCUCAGCUUGGUGCCGACGUAGCCGUCCUCCUCCACUCCCCUUUCGCUGCUUAUUCUUAUUUUUUAAAACUCUCCCUCCCCCCGCCGGCUCGGUGCAUCUCAGCAGCCAUGUCGUCUGCAGCCACCACCGCUCCUCCCGAAUAUUCCUGCUUCUUCGCCGUCAUGGGUGCCUCGGCUGCCAUGAUCUUCAGCGCAUUGGGAGCUGCCUAUGGCACAGCAAAGAGCGGCACAGGCAUUGCAGCCAUGUCUGUUAUGCGGCCAGAGCUGAUCAUGAAGUCAAUCAUUCCUGUUGUCAUGGCGGGUAUUAUAGCAAUCUACGGCUUGGUAGUGGCAGUCCUUAUUGCCAAUUCCAUCACAGUUGGAAUUACACUGUACAAGAGCUUCCUUCAGCUGGGCGCUGGUCUGAGCGUAGGCCUCAGCGGGCUGGCUGCCGGCUUCGCCAUCGGCAUUGUGGGUGACGCAGGCGUACGGGGGACAGCACAACAGCCUAGGUUAUUUGUGGGCAUGAUCCUGAUCUUGAUCUUUGCUGAAGUCUUGGGUCUCUAUGGCCUCAUUGUUGCCCUUAUCCUUUCCACAAAGUAAAAUUAAAAAAUCAGAGUAUGAUGUAUUUAAAAAAAAAGUUGAAAAAACAAACAAAACUAAUCUCCAGAAUGA